ACUUUGUGCCGACCUUAAUCCUAUUCCUGGCGAUGAUUGGUGCGAGGCUGGCGCUCCAGGGGCGAGGCCGAGGCUUGCCCUCAGCCUCACAAUGAGCACCGGGAUAAACACCUGCCCAAGGAUUACCAAGAAUCCUGGUAAGGAUCAUUUUUAGAGUUAUGUAAAGAAUCUGACGUGUGACUGUAGUCCUGGAUUGCAUGGCGAGCUCGGUCAAGACUUAAAACUUGCUCAAAGACGAGACUAAACUUUCCUCAAGGAUCACCAAGAGAAGUCCUUACAUUAAAUGUUGCAGAUAGAGUGGUGGUUGCCUGAGCCACCCACAGCUGCGCCACCCACCGUUCCUGUAGUGUGAAGUGCCCUCCACACCGGCAGUCAGUUCACCACCCACACCACCGACCAUCAACACAACAUCCAAUGUACCAGCGGACGCAGACAUACUCUCAACCCCCGCCAGCGCUCCUGUCGUAGGGGGCAACUCCCUAUACUCCGCGGCCCCCGGGAUCCACACCUUCACACACUACCGGGAGCACCAUAUCUCCUCCAAAAUCUUAUUCCCUUCAGCCCGGAUGACUUCUUACUCCAGACCUCUUCUGCCAGCUCGACCGACAGCGCCGCCUUGUCUACACGCAGCAAGACGACUAAGAAGAUGAUCAACAAGAAGAAGAAGACGUCCUAGGAAGGAUGAGCCACAUCUGACGACGUUACACAACUCCACUUAGCUGCUUGAGGACCGAACCCCCGUGCGAGGCAGAUGGAUGCAAGUGGACAUGAGGACCGCCGCCACAGUAUUAUGUGCCAAGUUCAAACCCGCGGUGGUUGGGCCACCGAGCUGUACCUCCUUCCACCGACUUGUGUCCUGCUCCCUGCACAAGUUUUCGGCAGCGUUUCAUACUGCUUACCAGUCCUAUGGUCUUUGAAAAGUACAUUUCGCGAAGCAUUCUGUCCUAAUGCAUUGCGAUGGUUCUAUAAUGUUGCCAGCUGAGUUCAAGGAUUCCCAGGUGGUUCUGUAGGAUCCGCAGCUGGUUCUCUGAAGCCUGCGACACAAAGCUGGCAAGAAAGUAUCUUCCAUACCUCUAUAACAUUACUGCAAUAAUACAAUUGCAGCUCAGCUUACCGGGAAGCAUCAGGGUAUCUAUGAAUAGUCAUGACGCAGGUGUUCAAGUAGCUCCUGGUCGACCAGAAGUAACGAGGCCUUAUCGAGUUGCCAGCCCCCUUCAAGCUGGUCCUCCGUCACAUCCACCUGGUAGAGGCUCGUGUAUGGGAAGUGGGAGGGAGAGAGAGGUAGGAGUAAGGGAGGUGGGAGGGAUGAAUCAUAAAGAGGGAGGCAGGGCCACAGUAGAGGCAGACGUGAUGGGGCAUAACUCCCAGCGUGGCAAGUCUGGAUGACAAUUUGGAACACUCUCAUGCAGCCCUCGGUGAUGACACAUAAGUAUUGUUACCUUACAACCUUACUCCAGCAGUCAUUACUUGAUACCUGUAAGUAACUGUUUAAUUUUGAAGACUAUCCCGAGAAGCAAAACCACUCCCAGUGCUACUGAAGGAGCAGCAUGACCGCGCAAGUGUUCACUACAGUCCUGCCUCACGUUAGUCAUGAGCUGUGAACCACAAGGAGAGGCAACACCAGCACCCUACAGGGCCACCACGGUGCCUCUCACCUUAACUAUGGCACCACCGUCUUCAACUACGGGGAACACGGCUGAUAGUGAUGAAAGCAUUAGUGUCGACAGCGAAGGUCUGGAAGUUGUUCGUAAAGAAGUGUGGGUUGUAAAUGAAAGUAUAGGUCUUGUGUGUGAAGAACCAGAUGUUGCAAAUCAAAUUCAGGGUAUUGCAAACCAAGACCCAUGUGUUGCGGACCAAGGAAUGAGUGUUACAAAUAAAGUACUGGAUAUUGCAAACGAUGGAUUAAGCGUUGUCAGUGAGGAGCUGGGUGUUGUCAACGAUGGGUUUAUAAGUGAAGACGAGGAGUGGGUGGAGGUGGGAGGAGCAGAUGGUGGUCGUCUGAGGAGAGAGAGGCAAGGAGCAGUUCGAGUUGUGUUCAAGAUGGCCGCCAGGGGCAGCGAAGAGCCAAAGAUCACCAUAACCACACCUGUCAACUCCCCCUUCACUCUCAGCACCGACACUCCGCCCAGAGGAGGUUGGUGGGGGGCGCGCCACACCCUAGCCAUGAUGGGGUUCCUGGGGCUGGCGGUGUCCCACGCUCUCCGUGUGACGCUCUCAAUUGCUGUGCUGGCUAUGGUGGCGAGGCGACCCGCCGACAACCUCACGCUCCAGGAACCUCCAGACGCAUGCCCGCUUCCGGAGGAUUGGAACGAUGGUGAACUGACCGAAAUGACUGGAGAGUCAGACUGGGAUGAAGUUGGCGAGGGUCUCGUGCUGGGAGUCGUCUAUUGGGGGUAUUUGUUCACCAGCUUCCUGGAGGUCAGAGUCGUGCGGCUGCUGGGAGGACGAUUGGUGUUUGGCAUGAGCGUCGUACUGGCCUCCUUCACCACCCUCCUGGUCCCCUACAGCGCCCACAUAUCCAGAGGCACCUUCGUCGCUCUCAGAGUCCUGAUCGGAGGCUAUCAGGGGCUGGCGUACCCUUCACUGAGUCACAUGCUGCAUGUCUGGGUCUCCCCAAGAGAAAGAUGUACUUUUCUUGCCUUUGUUGUCACAGGUGUGCCGUUGGGUAUAGCAGCGUGUCUGUCGACUAGCGGGGUGCUCAUAGAGAGUGGGUUCUUGGGUGGGUGGCCCUCGGUGUUCUACCUGUUUGGUGCUCUGGGGCUCCUGUGGAGCGCUCCUUGGUUCCUGCUGGUCUACGACCGUCCGGAGCUCCACCCAAACGUCUCCUCCAGUGAGCUGCACUACACCCAAACACACACGAACUCCGUUAACAAAUAUGAGGUGGAGCGAAUAUCUUGGACGGAGGUGAUGAAGUCAGGACAGUUCUGGGCCACCAUGUCGGCCAGCUUGGGCACCAGCUUCACAUUUAUGGUUUUCUGGUCUGGUCUCCCAUCUUACCUCAGCACUGUACACCAUUUCCACAUCAAAAAUAAUGGACUAAUGUGUGCCUUGCCAUACUUGGUGAUGGGGGUGUCAAGUCUCUCGUGGGUGUGGCUGAGACACCUCCUCGCUGGUAAUUGGCUAUCAACCAGGGCACACCACAGGCUCUCCAUUUUCAUUGGAACCUAUGGGCCAGCAGUGGCACUGGCAGUGAUGUGCUUUGUGGGCUGCAACUGGAAAAUGACAGUUGGCUUACUGUGUGUGAUCAUGGGUUGCUUGGGCAUCAGCUUUAAUAGUGGCCUUGCCUACCAGGACACGCCUCCUUCCAUGUAUGGUACUAGUACGUUGUUCAUCAACAAUGUGGGUGCGGUAGCGGGCAUUUUGGCGCCUGCGGUUAUAGGCUUCCUCAUGCAGCACAAUCACUGUUCAUCAUGUGUAGACUUCAGAGUUAACUUGUAUAAGAAGAGAUUGGGUAUAAAUGGGGAUUUCAAGGCAAUGCAAGCUGUAUCAUCUGCGUGUACUAAUGGUUUUGUUCCCCAUGUAUCAGAGAAGGUACAAGAUUUAAGAGAUGCUUAA